AUGACUACUCAUGCUCUCACACUUGCGUCGACCAUACGGCUAUCCUCCGGCUAUGAGAUGCCUUUGGUCGGGUUCGGAGUAUGGCAGAACAUCGAUCAAUGCAUCCCCGCAUGCGCCGUGGCGCUGAAGCAUGGAUACCGGCACAUCGACUCGGCGAGAGUGUACGGCAACGAGGUGGAGGUUGGCCAGGCCGUGCGAGACAGCGGUAUCCCUAGAGAGGACAUAUUUGUCACGUCGAAGAUCCUGCACACCGAACACGAAUAUGAGCGCACCCUCGCCGCGGUCGACGAGUCGCUGAAGCGCUUCGGCUUCGACUACCUGGACCUGUUCCUCGUGCACACCCCGCUCUCCGGGAAGGCGAGGCGACUGGAGACGUACCGGGCGUUGCUCGACGCGAAGAAGGCGGGGAAGCUACGUUCUGUCGGUGUGUCGAACUACGGCGUCGGACACCUAGAGGAGAUACGGGAGGCCGGGCUCGAGCCACCCGCCGUCAACCAGCUUGAGAUUCAUCCGUUUUGCCAGCAGAGGGAGAUCGUGGAGUACUGCACUGAGCGGGGGAUUGUCCUGCAGGCGUACUGCCCUCUGAUCCAGGGCCAGUUCGACAACCCUGUGUUCCACGAGGUCGCGAAAAAGUACAAUAAGCUCGUCCCGCAGGUCCUCGUCCGCUGGUCGCUGCAAAAAGGGUUCAACCCUCUCCCGAAGUCGGCGACCCCGGAGCGAAUCGUCUCCAACGUGGACGUGUUCGACUUCGAGAUAGCGCCGGAGGACAUGGCCAGGAUUGAUGCGCUCGACAAAGGCGCCGCCGGCGCCAUCCUCCUGAACCCUGUGAACGCGCCGUAG